GGUGGCUAUCACAGCGCUGGCCAUCACAUCCUUACACAGCUGUGUUUACAAAUUUAGGGGGACACUGAAGCUCCUCCCCCUGCUAAAAUCAGGCUUCCCUUCACCUGUCAUUGGCCAGAACUGGGUGAAACGCCCAACUCUAGACCGAUCAUCAGUAAGAGGAGUACAGAAUUGCUGUGCCCAACUUAGGCUAAUCGUGGCGCAAUGUGCUCCCCACACCAACAAAAUCUGAGUUCUAAAAACUGAGGAAGAAGAGGAAAAUGGCCAUGUUGCUUCCUGGCUGGAAUUCAGAGCAUCUCCAACCCUCUGAGCUUAUGCGUAAGACUGCGGGCAAAAGUGUGUGAGUUUUUGUGGAAUGGAUCCACGGCUUUUAUCAGAGCAUCUUUCCUUUUUCUUUUUGAUUCAAGAUGAAAAUAUUCUUAUGAUUAUUUUUCUCACCACUGCCCAGAGAUAACCAGCACAUUAACAUGGCCUUUUCUCCAUGAAUAGCACUAGGGUGCCCAGUGGACAGACACAUAGCUGUCCACAUGCCAGCUUGCUGGGGAUGCAUAGGCAGAGUCACAUCUGCACUCGCGGCCUGUCCUCACACUGCCAUGUGAAGAGCGAGCGGCCACACGAUGGGCCGUCCAUGCUCACGGGAGUGGCAGUAUCAGAUCUGAGCUUCGUGUGCCCAGGCUUCUCUCACGUCAGUGCAUAGGGACCCUCUUCAUUCUGUGGCCCAGUGUGCCCAUUGCCACAGAUGGCUUCAGUCAGCAGACACCUCCUUCUAGACGCUCACGCUCACUCCUCGCUGGCCCUUAGCACACCUGUGCAGAUGGGCCCAUUUAUUUUCUGGUGUAAAUCCCAAGUAGGAGGACUGGGUCUCUCUGACAGCAAUGCCAGCUGCCUGGCACCCUCCAGACAGGUGGCUCAAGACCCACCUCGCCAGAUCUCCCAGUUAGCCCCUCCUUUCCCUGGCUCUGACCUGAGGGACGAAGCAGGGUGCUACAGGACGCUGUGCCACAGGGAUAUCGUCAGGGACAGAAGCUACUCUGCCCUCUGCUGCUCACCCCUCCAACAAGCUGUGGGCUGCAUUUGUUGAGUGGCUGGUACCAGACUCUGCUCUUCUGACUUUCCAGCUGGUUUUACCUGUAGUAAAGUUUGAGAUGAUGGAUCAUCCUGACCCCGGGGUCAGAGGACAGAAGGAGGCCCAUAGCGUGUGGGGGAGAUGCCCCGUGAGGCCCUCGGUAGAGCAGAUCCUGGCAGAGUUCCAGCUGCAGGAGGAAGACCUGAAGAAGGUGAUGAGACGGAUGCAGAAGGAGAUGGACCGUGGCCUGAGGCUGGAGACCCAUGAAGAGGCCAGUGUGAAGAUGUUGCCCACCUACGUGCGCUCCACCCCAGAAGGCUCAGAAGUCGGGGACUUCCUCUCCCUGGACCUGGGUGGCACUAACUUCAGGGUGAUGCUGGUGAAGGUGGGAGAAGGUGAGGAGGGGCAGUGGAGCGUGAAGACCAAACACCAGAUGUACUCCAUCCCCGAGGACGCCAUGACCGGCACUGCUGAGAUGCUCUUCGACUACAUCUCCGAGUGCAUCUCCGACUUCCUGGACAAGCAUCAGAUGAAGCACAAGAAGCUGCCCCUGGGCUUCACCUUCUCCUUUCCUGUGAGGCACGAAGACAUCGAUAAGGGCAUCCUUCUCAACUGGACCAAGGGCUUCAAGGCCUCAGGAGCAGAAGGGAACAAUGUCGUGGGGCUUCUGCGAGACGCCAUCAAACGGAGAGGGGACUUUGAAAUGGAUGUGGUGGCAAUGGUGAAUGACACGGUGGCCACGAUGAUCUCCUGCUACUAUGAAGACCAUCAGUGCGAGGUCGGCAUGAUUGUGGGUACGGGCUGCAAUGCCUGCUACAUGGAGGAGAUGGAGAAUGUGGAGCUGGUGGAGGGGGACGAGGGCCGCAUGUGCGUCAACACUGAGUGGGGCGCCUUCGGGGACUCUGGCGAGCUGGACGAGUUCCUGCUGGAGUAUGACCGCCUGGUGGACGAGAGCUCUGCAAACCCCGGUCAGCAGCUGUAUGAGAAGCUCAUAGGUGGCAAGUACAUGGGCGAGCUGGUGCGGCUCGUGCUGCUCAGACUAGUGGACGAAAACCUGCUCUUCCACGGGGAGGCCUCCGAGCAGCUGCGCACACGCGGAGCCUUCGAGACGCGCUUCGUGUCGCAGGUGGAGAGCGACACGGGCGACCGCAAGCAGAUCUACAACAUCCUGAGCACGCUGGGGCUGCGACCCUCGACCACCGACUGUGACAUCGUGCGCCGCGCCUGCGAGAGCGUGUCUACGCGCGCUGCGCACAUGUGCUCGGCGGGGCUGGCGGGUGUCAUCAAUCGCAUGCGCGAGAGCCGCAGCGAGGACGUAAUGCGCAUCACUGUGGGCGUGGAUGGCUCCGUGUACAAGCUGCACCCCAGCUUCAAGGAGCGGUUCCACGCUAGCGUGCGCAGGCUGACGCCCAGCUGCGAGAUCACCUUCAUCGAGUCGGAGGAGGGCAGUGGCCGGGGCGCAGCCCUGGUCUCGGCGGUGGCCUGUAAGAAGGCCUGCAUGCUGGGCCAGUGAGAGCAGUGGCCGCAAGCGCAGGGAGGAUGCCACAGCCCCACAGCACCCAGGCUCCAUGGGGAAGUGCUCCCCACACGUGCUCGCAGCCUGGCGGGGCAGGAGGCCUGGCCUUGUCAGGACCCGGGCCGCCUGCCAUCGCGCUGGGGAACCGAGCGGGCCUCUUCCCUCAGUUUUUCGGUGGGACAGCCCCAGGGCCCUAACGGGGGUGCGGCAGAAGCAGGAACAGAGACUCUGGAAGCCCCCCACCUUUCUUGCUGGAAUCAACUUCCCAGAAGGGAGUUGCUCACUCAGGACUUUGUUGCAUUUCCACACUGUCAGAGCUGUUGGCCUCACCUGGGCCCAGGCUCUGGGAAGGGGUGCCCUCUGGAUCCUGCUGUGGCCUCACUUCCCUGGGAACUCAUCCUGUGUGGGGAGGCAGCUCCAAUAGCUUGACCAGACCUAGACCUGGGCCAAAAGGGCAGCCAGGGGCUGCUCAUCACCCAGUCCUGGCCAUUUUCUUGCCUGAGGCUCAAGAGGCCCAGGGAGCAAUGGGAGAGGGCUCCAUGGAGGAGGUGUCCCAAGCUGCGAAUACCCCUAGAGACCUUUUCUCUCCCAUACCCCCAUCCCUGAGUGGCUUGUGAUUCUGGGAUGGACCCUCGUAGCAGGUGCAAGAGACAGAGCCCCCAAGCCUCUGCCCCAAGGGGCCCACAAAGGGGAGAAGGGCCAGCCCUGCAUCUUCAGCUCCCACAGCGCUGGCUCAGGAAGAAACCCCAAGCAGCAUUCAGCACACCCCAAGGGACAACCUCAUCAUAUGACAUGCCACCCUCUCCAUGCCCAACCUGAGACUGCGUGGGUUUUUUAAUUAAAAAUGUUAAAAGUUUUAAACAUG